AGAAACCCGAGGAAAACAAUCACACACCAUUGAUGUGUGUUUACUUCUUCUUCUUGCGCGUUUACAAAGUUUUCGACACAAUCUUGUAGUUCUGUACCGGAAGUGACACGAUGCCGGUGAUCUGUGCAGCGUCCGGCUGCAACAACAAGUUCGUUAAAGGAUCAGAAAUACGAUUCUACAGGUUCCCGCUCAGCAAACCCCAACUGGCCAGCAAAUGGGUCCACAGCCUGGGGAUGAAGAACUUCCUCCCGACCAUCAACACCUGCCUCUGCUCAGAGCACUUCAGGGCCGACUGCUUCAGGGACUACAACGGCAAACAGUUCCUGCGAGAGGACGCCGUGCCCACCGUCUUCAUCGGUCAGGAUUCCUCAAAGAUUGAACUUCGUAAACGAGGAGUCGUGCCGAAGGAGACGCCCGCCGCUCCUCAGAUUGGAACGCCAGCGGACAGAGACAAAGCGAGAGAAGCCGCCAAUCUACGCAGAGAAAGGAGAGGAGGAAUGAGGGGGGGGCGAGGGGGCCGUGGAGGAAAACUGCUGUCCGACAGGCAGGCGCUUGCAGCCAAAAGCCGGGUGUACGACAACCAAGGUCGACUGCUCUCCAACGCCAAAGACAUGUGUGACUGCCUGGACGUGGACUGCAUGGGCUGCUUCUACGCCUGCCCCGAGUGCGGCUCGCGCAAGUGUGGCGUGGAGUGCCGCUGCGACAGGAAGUGGCUUUACGAGCAGGUGGAGGUGGAAGGUGGAGAGAUAAUCCGAAACAAGUUUGCUCUUUAGCUGACUGUGACUCUGAGGUUGUAUAGAUGGAUCCAGAGGGAUUCUGGGAAACGUUCAGCUCCAGGUCAGUCUGGUUUAUGGUCAAGACUCUGAAGGAUCUUCCACUUGCAUCACGUUCUGCAACGCUGCCCCCUGUGGCAGUAAACGGAACAGAACAGUGUACGUGUUCUGCUGAAUGUCUAAUGUGUAUUUUCUGGUUUUAUGUAACCACUUUUCUUAAUAAACUUUUAAUAUUUGA